CUACUCUUAUGUAAGAGUGCUGAAAGAACAUGUUUUGUGUAGUUAUGCGGAAGUUUUGUCUUGCUAGGAUAGGAUAAAAUUAUUAAGCAUCAAAUUGUUGAAAUUUGAAGCAAUUAUUGCUGCUGGAUGAUGGAAAUCAUUUUAAGAACUGUAAUUUGGAACAAAUCAACAGAGUGCACACAUUGCAGUAAAAGACCACUAUUACAGAAUAAAAUUAAAAUCACGAGGUCAAUAAGACUGUGGACCUUAAGAAAAAAAAUAUUUUGUAAUGUAAAAAAAAAAACUUGUAUACCUACUUUGUAAUCCUGCUAAUGUGUGUAUAUAUUUUAUGUGUAGCUAGAAAUUACAUUUAAUACGAGAACUUUCUAUGAACUCAAAUAUUCUGUGGAUUAAAAUUGUAGCCAUGAGCCCAUGUCCCACAAUAGGACUUGGUUGCCUGUGAUUAAUGGAUGUGAAAGUCUUGAGACAUUACAUUAACUUAGAGACUGUAAGGAAUGAGCAGCCCAGCAUUAAAGUAGCAGGAUUAUUGGUGUGUGAGUGUUGGGCUCAUCAUCAUGAUGACCCACAAGAUGUGGAACCGCCUGCACACAUUGUACCACAAGGUGGUUAGUGGUGUGGCCAGCAGCUCUGACCACCACCACCACCACCACCAUCAGCCUCAGGGCGCCACCAAACGAUCAACUGAAGCGAUUGCCAUCAAGUUGAAAGGCAGAUGGUUCCACCCGAAUGUGUCGGGGCUGGAGGCGGAGGUGCUCCUGAAGGAGCGGGGUAUCGAAGGCUCCUUCCUGGCUCGACCUUCCAAAUCCAACCCUGGCGACUUCACACUCUCAGUACGCCGAAAUGGUGAAGUAACUCAUAUAAAAAUCCAAAAUAUGGGUGACUUUUAUGACUUAUAUGGAGGAGAAAAGUUUGCAACUUUGGCUGAGCUGGUGCAGUUUUAUAUGGAAAACCAGGGUCAACUGCGAGAAAAAAAUGGAGAAGUUAUUGAGCUCAAGUUUCCUCUAAACUGUGCGGACCCCACAACCGAAAGGUGGUUCCAUGGUCAUCUUUCUGGCCGUGAAGCAGAAAAACUUAUUCUUGAGAAGGGCAAGAAUGGUAGUUUUUUAGUGCGAGAAUCGCAGAGUAAGCCUGGAGACUAUGUUUUGUCUGUGCGCACUGAUGAUAAAGUUACUCAUGUUAUGAUCAGAUGUGUGGAUAAUAAAUACGACGUGGGUGGUGGAAGAAAGUUUGACACACUCAGUGAGUUGGUUGAACAUUAUAGGCGGAACCCAAUGGUUGAACAGUCUGGCACAGUUGUGCCUUUAAAAAUGCCUUUUAAUGCUACUAGAAUCAAUGCACGAGGUAUUGAUAGCAGAGUGCGAGAGUUGUCGCGUCGACGCCAAACAAGUUUUGACCCGUCAUUACAGAAGGAGCAUCAGGGGCCCACAAUGGGAAAGGCUGGAUUUUGGGAGGAAUUUGAAUCCCUGCAGCAGCAAGAAUGCAAGCAGUUAUACUCUCGUAAGGAAGGACAGAAACCAGAAAAUCGCAAUAAGAAUCGUUACAAGAAUAUUUUGCCAUUUGAUCAUACACGAGUCAUACUCAGAGAUACAGAUCCAGGCAUACCAGGGUCUGAUUAUAUCAACGCUAAUCUCAUCUCAAGUGAAGAGGAUGUUGGUAUAGAGGCCAAGACCUAUAUAGCAACUCAAGGGUGCUUACCUUCCACAUCUGCAGACUUUUGGUGGAUGGUAUGGCAGGAGAACACAAGAGUAAUUGUCAUGACGACUAAAGAGGUGGAACGAGGGAAGAAUAAAUGUGGUCGUUAUUGGCCUGAAGAAGGCUCUUGUAAGGAAUAUGGACGUAUCACAGUUCGCAACAUUUUGGAGAGCUCCAAUAAUGACUACAUACUACGUGAAUUCCUCCUUUCUGUCAAAGAUGAUCUGCCUGAAAGAAAAAUUUUCCAUUAUCAUUUCACUGCUUGGCCUGAUCAUGGUGUUCCGUCCGAUCCUGGCUGUGUAUUGAAUUUCCUGCAUGAUGUUAACAAGAGACAAGAAGACAUACCAUCAGCAGGGCCUGUGGUUGUCCAUUGCUCAGCUGGUAUUGGACGCACAGGAACCUUCAUUGUUAUUGAUAUGAUUCUUGAUCAGAUCAAAAGACAAGGUCUUGAUUGUGAAAUUGACAUACAGCGUACAAUCCAAAUGGUUCGAUCACAGCGUUCUGGAAUGGUACAGACAGAGGCACAAUAUAAAUUUGUUUACCUGGCCGUCCAGCACCAUAUAGAGACUGUGCAACAACGUAUCUCUGCAGAGCAGAAGAGCUUGCAAUUGGGUCGAGAGUACACUAAUAUAAAGUAUAGUAGCGAGGCUGCAGGGGGUAUAGAAAUGGGGAAAUCUCUCUCACGCUCAACAAUUUCACUUCCUACUACACCAUCAACGACUCCACGUGAUCCUAAGCGGCCCAUGUCAACUGCAACCCUACCUAAAACACAGUCUGAAAAUCAUCUCCCAAGCUCAAGAUUUUCGGUGUUUGACUGUAACAAAAAUUGGCAGUUUCCUGGAAUUCACAAGGUGAUCAUUUCUUAAUUUCAUUUGUUGUAGUAAGAAAUAAAAAUUUUUAGUGACAACAGCAAAGUAGGGUCAAUUGCUAAAACAAAAAUCAGUCACCUCCUAAAUCUACAAACCCUUCACUUCAAUAUUCACACUUUUGUUAGCUCUCCCAUAUGAUUUUGGCCACAACAGUAUGAAUCAAGUGUUGUAAUUUUAAGUAAAUAUGCACUUGAAUAUACAGUAAUUAGACUGAUUUCAUGUUUCAUUGCAUUUUCUAAAUACAAGUAUCUUUUAGUGAUUUCAGCAUACUGUAUUUUCUGAUGACUAGCUUCAAGAGUACACCUGUGCACCCAAAGUCUACUGGUUGUUAUGUGUGUGCCAAAUAUUGCAUCUUCUGUACUAUUGUGCUACUGUGCUUUCAUGUGUCGUGCUCUCUGAUGACAGCAAGUCUACACAUUAGAGGAAUUUGAACUUUGGUGUUUAUCUUCAGUGUUCAAAGACGUCAUUCAUAUGAAUGAAAACCUAGACUUUCUUAUUUAUUGAUUACAAUUUUACAUUCUUCUUGGUAUGCCUACAAGUAGGCUGUUCCUGGGCUUCUUACCUUACCAUGUUGCUCAUCACAUCGUUUGGUUGAAUGUUUUGCUGGGGAAAAAAUAAUUGAAACUUAUAUAUUAGAUUUUAACACAUUAUGUAAGGGGAGGUGGGAAUCAAACUGAUGGCUGCUUCAAUUCCCAAUACACCUUACAUAAUUUGUUAUUUUCAUAUGGCAACAUUCUCAUUUCAUUUCUUGUACAUGAGAUUUCAUACAUGGACAGUUAAUCAUAUUUGAUCUCCAGUUGUGAACAACUGGACUAGUUGUACUUUGAUGUAUGGCAGUAGCUGUAUGCUAUAUCUGAUUUCAGAGAAAAUACAAAUUAAUAAUAUAAGUUUAUAGUCAAGGUGAUGUAGUGUUAUGAGUGUUGUGUGGAGUAAUAAACAUGUUUUCCAGUAAAUGAACAGUGACAAGCCAGCAGUUAUAUGAUGGCGAGUUGUGUCAUCUUUAUAGUCACAAAUAAUGCUGCUACACAUACUUGAUUCUUUCUUAAAUUAUACCGAAAAUUACUGUUUUCUGAAAUAUAUUUUGAAUCCCAGUGUGCUAUCAACUUUAUAUAUUUACAGGGAUUUCUAUGUCAAUUUGAAAUACUAUAUAUCCUGUUUCAAGAAUUCAUGCCUAAUCGUCUUUUUUCAUGUGUAAUACAUUCGAAGGUGUUACAGAGCUCAAAAUAGUGUAAACAAGUUGUUAAGGUUAUAAAUAUCAGGCAAUGCUUAAAUGUUUUGAUAUGGCAAAAUAGAUAUGAAUUUUGAUUGCUUUUUGGAUACCAUAAUUUUGAAGUUGCAAGUAUCAGUAAUUCAUUUGUGACCUUUUUUUUUUAUCAUGCUGUAUUUAUAUAUUUAUUAUUAUUUAUUUUAAUGACUUUAUAAUUAGUGACAGGAGAACAUUGAAUGUCUUUCACAAAUAAGACUGUGUGGGCCAUUGCAAGUUAGUUAACUUCCUAACAGUAAGUAACAAAUGUACAAAGCAACAUCAUCCUCUCACUCCUAGUCAUCAAGACAUUUGUUAUAGAUUUGACAGUUUGUCAAAUUAUAGGAAGUUUUCAAAUAAAUAUAGAAGAUAAUUCAAUUUUAACUAUUUACAUAUGGGUACAAUCUCAUUUGUGAUUUUUACCUGCUCUUAAAUUAAACAUACAUGAAUGGAUUAUGUUCAGUAGACUGUUCAGUAAAGUUGGUUUCAUCCUUAACAAAACAAAUUUUUGACAAAAGUAGAAACACUAAAAUAAAUAUAUUACUGCUAGGCAAAUACCACAAUAACUUAGAGCUUACCUCAGUUCAUUGAUUCCUUAUUUUUCUUGUUAGUACCACUUGCUUAGGGAUCGGUUAACUGUUUUUUAGAUACAGUUGAUCUGUUUAUAAUAGCACACAUAGUCAGUGAUAUACUGUGCAUUUAUUUAAACAGUUAUUGAUGUUCACUGUACAGCACAGUAUUUGAAAUAUCAGGAAAUUUGUUCUAAAAAAAUUUAAUAUUCAUAACUAGACUCUAGGAUUUUGAGAAUCACUUAAGAAUUAAAGAGCAAAUAAAAACAUUUUUUACUGCUGUAGACAUAGAUGACAGAAAGAUAAAACUUAACUUUCAUCUUACAACUUGCUGAACAUGGGUAUCUGAUGAUGUGUGGGUGACCAAGUAAUUGGCCCCAAUUUAUGCAAAGAUCACAGAGAGGUAAUAUUAGUGAUAGUGGAAGACAUGUAAGCAAUGGCAACCAUAUCUGUUUAGUUUUGUUUUGUCAGGCCCUCCUAUGUUACAUAUUUGUUUAUAUUUCAUUGUAGCAGUAUCCCUUGACAUGCAACAUCAGUAUGUUGUGUGGGUAUUAUAGCUUCCUGCUCUAUACAAAUUCCCUGUUGACUGUUCUGAAAUAUACAAAUUUUAUUGUAAAUUA